AUGUUAGCGGAGCGUUUGUACAGGGAUAUAGAAAAUAUGGAGCUGUAUGAUGUUUUUAUGAAUGAUAUUUUAAAACAACCUAAAGUAUGUGAGGCUUUUAUUGCGAUGUUAAAGUCAAAAUCUUACACAGAGUUGAAGUCUUUAUUUCUGACAGAACAGAAAGAUGUGUCUAAGGUAGUGAGUAAAGGACAGCGUGUGGCAAAAGGGAGUGAGAAGAGGGAGGAGUGGAGCAAAGACUGGAACAGACAAAGAGUUUUGGUGAAUGAGAGAGGUAUAAUGGGAAAAAAGUACGGUGUCAGGGUUAUCAGUUGGGUAGUGUAUUACGGACACAAUCAGAUCUUAAAAUAUAUUUUAAAGCAAACUGAUUUACACAACGAAACAGAUAUUGAACUUUUUUCGACGUCCUUUAACCCCACACUAAGCUAUAAAACAAACGAGCGAGAAAAUAACAUUGAAACAAUUAAUGCAACAGACGAAUUAUGUUUAUCGAACUCAGUUAUAAAAAAAAGGAAUCAAGAACAGUACAAUAGUAUGUGUGUUUCCGAGAGCAACCGCUUAUUUUUAUUGAGUUGUUAUGGUGGAGAUUUAGAGACUGUAAGAAUACUUAUCAAGUAUGUUGACAUAAAUGCAAUAAACAGGAAACAGCAAUAUGAUGAAACACCACUGACUGCAGCAUGUGAAUGUGGACAUUUAAAUGUAGUGAAGGAGCUACUAGAAGCCGGUGCUGAUACCAAUCCAGAAUGCCGGAAUAAUACACCACUGACAGCAGCAUGUGAGGGUGGACAAAUGAGUGUAGUAAAGAAGCUAAUAGAAGCUGGAGCUGAUAUCAAUCCAGAAGAUAAGGAUACUACACCACUGAUAGCAGCAACUAGGAGUGGAAAUAUAGAUGUAGUGAAGGAAUUACUAAAAGCUGGAGCUGAUAUCAAUCCAGGAGAUCGGGAUACUACACCACUGAUAGCAGCAAGUAGGAGUGGACAUAUAGAUGUAGUGAAGGAAUUACUAAAAGCUGGAGCUGAUAUCAAUUCAGAAGAUCAGGAUACUACACCACUGAUAGCAGCAAGUAGGAGUGGACAUAUAGAUGUAGUGAGGGAAUUACUAAAAGCUGGAGCUGAUAUCAAUUCAGAAGAUCAGGAUACUUCACCACUGAUAGCAGCAAGUAGGAGUGGACAUAUAGAUGUAGUGAAGGAAUUACUAAAAGCUGGAGCUGAUAUCAAUUCAGAAGAUCAGGAUACUACACCACUGAUAGCAGCAAGUAGGAGUGGAUAUAUAGAUGUAGUGAGGGAAUUACUAAAAGCUGGAGCUGAUAUCAAUCCAGGAGAUCAGGAUACUUCACCACUGAUAGCAGCAAGUAGGAGUGGACAUAUAGAUGUAGUGAAGGAAUUACUAAAAGCUGGAGCUGAUAUCAAUCCAGAAGAUCAGGAUACUACACCUCUGACAGCAGCAUGUGAGGGUGGAAAUAUGAGUGUAGUUAAGAAACUACUAGAAGCGGGAGCUGAUAUCAAUCCACAAGGUUGGUAUAAUACACCACUGACAGCAGCAUGUGAGGGUGGACAUAUAAGUUUAGUGAGGGAGCUACUUGAAGCUGGAGCUGAUAUCAAUCCACAAGGUCGGAAUUAUACUCCACUAAGAGCAGCAGUGAGUGGUGGAUAUAUGAAUCUCGCGAAGUGGCUACUGGAAGCGGGAGCUGAUAUCAAUCUACAAGGUCGGGAUUAUACUCCACUAAGAGCAGCAGUGAGUGGUGGAUAUAUGAAUCUCGCGAAGGAGCUACUGGAAGCGGGAGCUGAUAUCAAUCAACAAGGUCGAAAUUAUACUCUACUAAGAGCAGCAGCGAGUGGUGGAUAUAUGAAUCUCGUGAAGGGGCAACUGGAAGCGGGAGCUGAUAUCAAUCAACAAGGUCUUGAUAAUACACCUCUUAGUGAGGGUGAACAUAUGAGUGUAGUGAAGGAACUACAGUAG